AUGGCGUCAGAAAGUUCUUCGUCUGACACUAGCUCAAAUUCAUCCUACUCGGACUCGGACUCGGACUCGGACUUGGACGAUGCUUACUUGCGGUCUCUUUUAGACACCGCAAGGUCAAAUAUUCGAGAGGCGGUCAAGUUGAAAAGGGCACAUGUGUUUGGUGACGGAGAAGACAUUAUCAAAUUGGGUGGCGACGAAUCGGAAAGACCAUUGCCGCCAUUGGAUCCCGGGGAGCUUCCCCCUGCAUAUUUCGAAUUUUCCAAAGAUCGACGCGACGCGCCUGCUAUUGUACGAGACCCGGACAUACAGCGCGCAGAGGCAAGUACCUCUGGAACCAUUGCUCCUGCACCCCCUCCAAAACCAACGCUUACCGGCAAAACACCUACGAGAAACCAAACCGCUGGACCAAGCUGGUUUGACCUUCCAGCACCCGCUGAAGCCGAUCUCCCUCGAUUGCAUCGUGAAGUAGAGGCUCUUCGCCUGCGCAAUCAACUUGAUCCCAAACGCUUCUACCGUAAAGACGACGGCGAUGGGAAGGGUAUCAAAGGACUCCCGAAACAUUUUGCUAUCGGUACUAUUGUGACUACGAACACGCCAUUCGGCACAGCAAGUACGGACAACCUUCCUCGUGCUCAUCGCAAGAGAACUUUGGUCGACGAGUUAGUCGAUGAUGCGGAAGCACGACGGUAUGCGAAGAGGAAGUUUGAGGACCUGCAGGUGGUGAGGGGCGCGAGAGGAAAGAAUACCUUACACCAAAAGAAGGCGUUGCGCAGGCCGAAGUGGUAA